ACAAUUAUUUUUUCAAAAAAACCCGACUUCACAUGGGUAUGGCAUAUAUUAUAUAGCUCAGCGCAGCAAUAUAAUACGAUUGAAUUCAACUUAGCAUAGCCAUACCUGUAAUGGUACGCUCCGAGUAAGUCAAGGAAAAUGUAUACUAUCUUACUGUUUCUAUCGCUUGUGGUUUGUUCGUUUGGAAGAGGAGUGCAUGAAGCAAAACGCAGCAUAAGUUGUGAUGAAACACUACCUUGGUGCAGAGCGAACAACUUUGAUUUUGGAUGCCAUGAGGGUACAAAAGGAAAGAAAUGUCGACGAAAAUGUCAGAAUAUCAAAUCGCCCAGCAUUGACUGGUGUUACACUCAAGUGAAGCCAUCUGGAGAGAAAACUACAGGCUUUAUACCAUGCGAAAGCCAUGCUGAUUGUAUUGGUAGCACCUUCCACUCAACUAUUGACGUGUGUGUUUAUCCUAGUUAUUGUUAGCUUUUGUUAAUUUGAAUUUAAGUUGUCGUUUUUUUUACUUUUGUUGAGACGAAAAAAACUUGCGUACUGCUAUUGUUUGUGUCUUUUUUAUCCCAACGUUCCCAUCCCCAGGGGAUUUACCUCCGAGCCCUUAAUUGCGGAUCGGCCAAUAGCAAUAUUUUAGAUUGGGAUAUGCUUGUGAUAAAACCUCAAUCCUGAUUGGAGUACGCUUACGUCAUACUCAUUGCACAAACGAAUUAAAAACUUAAAUGUUGCCUUAUGAGAUCAGAUGAAAAGAUCCUGUUUUUACAUUUAGAAGAACAGCAA